CGGGAGGGAGGCUUGCUAGAGCCCGCUAUCCGGGCGGCGGGAACCGACCGGGGUCCGCCCCCAGCACGCCGAGCAGAGCUGGAGGUGGCGGGGUCCGGCGAGGCCGCGAUGAAGCCGAGCGGCGAGGACCAGGCGGUGCCCGGUGGCGGCGAUCCCUGGGAGGAGUGCUUCGAGGCGGCCGUGCAGCUGGCGCUGCGGGCGGGACAGAUCAUCAGAAAAGCCCUUACUGAGGACAAGCACGUCUCAACCAAAACAUCCGCUGCCGACCUUGUGACAGAAACAGAUCACCUCGUGGAAGACUUAAUUAUUUCUGAGUUGCAAAAGCGGUUUCCUUCCCAUAGCAGGUUCAUUGCAGAAGAGACCACCGCCUCCGGGGCCAAGUGUGUGCUCACUCACAGCCCAACCUGGAUCAUCGACCCCAUCGAUGGCACCUGCAACUUCGUGCACAGAUUCCCCACGGUGGCAGUGAGCAUCGGGUUUGCUGUUCACCAAGAGCUAGAAUUCGGAGUGAUUCACCACUGCACGGAGGAGCGGCUCUACACGGGUCGGAGGGGCCAGGGCGCCUUCUGUAAUGGCCAGCGCCUCCAGGUCUCUGGAGAGACAGAUCUUUCGAAGGCUUUGGUUCUGACAGAAAUUGGGCCCAAACGUGAUCCAGCUACCCUGAAACUGUUCCUGAGCAACAUGGAGCGGCUGCUGCAUGCCAAGGCUCAUGGGGUCCGAGUGAUCGGAAGCUCCACCUUGGCACUGUGCCACCUGGCCUCAGGGGCUGCUGAUGCCUAUUACCAGUUUGGCCUGCACUGCUGGGACCUGGCAGCCGCCACGGUCAUUAUUAGAGAAGCAGGUGGUAUUGUGAUGGACACCUCAGGGGGACCCCUCGAUCUCAUGUCCUGCAGAGUGGUUGCAGCUGGCACCAGAGAGAUGGCAACGCUCAUAGCUCAGGCCUUACAAACUAUUAACUAUGGGCGGGACGAUGAGCUGUGAGUGGCACAAUCACAAAGCAACAGGACCGCCCCCCCCAAAGACCCAAGGGCCUUCCUGGUGGCCCCCUGGGAAGAGCCGCCCCAGUGGCCUGUGCUCCGAGACAGGUGUCUGUUCCCCCAAAUGGAGUUGCACUCGUGUGUGACAAGCUGUCUGAAGCCGCGUUUCUCUCACUGGGACUUGGUGCUUAGCUUGUCUCUCGUCAUCACGCUUAGCCUCUUUCAAGUGGGUACACGUUCCUCUAUCAAGACCAAGCCCAAAUCUCACGUGAGGUGUGUAUUAGUCAUGCAGUCUUGGUUUGUUCCCCCUCCCCCGAAUGCAGAUCUCAGGUAAUAAAGGUUUGAAAUUUGUUCUCAAA